CCGUAGGCGAACAGGCACAUGGAAUCCGGCGUGGCGUAAUAUGUGUAAAGGCGUAGUGAAAUAAUGAUGUGCGGAACAGACGGCCUUUAGCGAGCGCUGCUGCUGACUGGAUCCUCUAUGAUGAUAAAGUACUGUGGACACAAACAUUAACUAUGAUGGCUUCCCAGUCCAUGCCUGUAGAGGAGUAUCAGGAGGCUGAGCAGAUGCCCAUUGGUCAGGCAGAAUGUAAGUCAGGGGAGCAUUAUGGGGAUACCACUGUUGCCACGGCACCCAGUCCACCCCCCUCAGAGCCUCAGACCCCCAUGGAUGCAGAUAAGGAGGCCAUCUACAGACAUCCUCUGUUCCCACUGUUGGCGCUGCUCUUUGAGAAGUGUGAGCAGUCUACCCAGAGCUCGGACUGUGUGACGUCGGCCAGUUUUGAUGUGGACAUCGAGAACUUUGUGCGUAGCCAAGAAAAGGAGGGAAAGGCCUUCUUCAGCGAGGACCCCGAGCUGGACAGCCUGAUGGUGAAGGCCAUCCAGGUGCUACGCAUCCACCUGCUGGAGCUGGAGAAGGUGAGUGACCUGUGCAAAGACUUCUGCAGCCGCUACAUCGCCUGCCUCAAGACCAAGAUGAACAGCGAGACGCUGCUGAGUGGAGAACCAGGCAGCCCCUACUCCCCCGUACAGACACAGAUCUCCAACGCGCUCACGGGCACCAUCAGUCCUCAGGGCAUUAUGGUUCCCGCCUCAGCCCUUCAGCAAGGCAACGUUACCGUGACAACAGUCAACCCUGCACAGAUGGUGGCAGGUAUGUCACCAUGGCAUACGUCCCCCUCAGGUGGAACGGUAUAUCAACCUGUUACGGUCGUCACACCACAAGGACAGGUGGUAACCCAGGCACUGUCGCCAGGGACAAUACGCAUUCAGAACACACAGCUUCAGCUGCAGUUGAACCAGGACUUGAGCUUCUUCACUCAGGAUGAAAGUUCAUCCAAGAACAAGAGGGGCAUCCUGCCCAAACAAGCCACCAACGUCAUGCGCUCCUGGCUCUUCCAGCACAUUGGGCACCCCUACCCCACUGAAGAUGAAAAGAAGCAGAUUGCCACUCAGACGAACCUGACCCUCCUGCAGGUCAAUAACUGGUUCAUAAAUGCUCGGAGGCGGAUCCUGCAGCCCAUGUUGGAUGCCAGCCAAUCAGAAACUCCCAAAAGCAAGAAGAAGCCGCCCCAGAACCGCCCACUGCAGCGCUUCUGGCCCGACUCCAUCGCCUCUGGAGUCACUCAGCAACACGUUACUAUGGCUGAUGGGACCCUGGUGGCAGUGGGGGAGGACGGACUGCAGUCCCUGUCGUCAGACGGAGCCACUCUAGCCGUGCAGCAGGUGAUGCUGGGGGGCCACAGCGAGGAUGACUCUGACCUGGGAUCAGACGACGAAGAUCACCCAGACCUAUCUGACGCCAACAUUUCCAGGCUGGGCCUGGACCACAGCAGCUCGCUGCAGUAGACUCACUCACACACACACACACACACACACACACACACACACACACACACACACACACAAUCACACACAAUCACGCAUGUAUGGGCACAGAUGUUGUUACACAAAAAUGCCAACCAAGAAAGCGAAAGAAUGCACACACACAGACACACACACGCAUGUUUUAAGUGCUGUCAAAAGUACUGUAGUUCAUUUGGUAUUGGAGUACAGAAGUAGACAAACUUUUUGUAUAGUCAGAAGAAUGAGUUUGACUGCUUAAUGUACACACACAUACAUUGACGUGUUUGCUUUAUGUACACGCACACACACACACACACACAGGAAGAAAGCACAACCACAGCACACAGCGCUGGCCUGUUACUGGUUGUGCCGGGGCGAUUCUGUAGAAUUCUGCACUUUCCCUCCAGCAGGGCCCCCCGGCUCCCACACACAUGCAGAGAGCCACGUGACCUUCGGGUGACCUUUGAACUCUAAUCACAGAGGUCACGGGAGCUGCGUUCUCUCUCUCUCUCCUGCCCUCUGCAGCAGUGCCAACCUCUCGUGCGGCGUCUCCUGUACAGUCGAAACCGAACCCUGGCAUGCCUGUGUUUGCCCCUGCAGAUAAAGUUGAUCUAUUUUUAUACAGUGAUGGGCUGACAUCAUCGGGUUGUCACAUCUGAGUUUUUUGCUGUUUUGGCCUUUUUUUUUUUGUUAGUUUGUUUUUGUAAGAGAUAUUUAUGGAUAAAUAUUUGCUUUUAAACGUAGCUGUAGAUCCCUAUUCUGAGGGUGUUUGUUGGUGAAUUUGUGUGCUAAUAUAAUUGACUGAUCUGGGGACUUUAACACAAGACGUUAUUUGGUAGAAGAUCCCUUAGUCUCUACACACACACACACACACACACACACACACACACACACAGACAGAAUGAGUUUAUAUUCAUUACCAUCACCUGGCUUCAUCUGUUUCUCAUAGAACACACACACACACACACACGGUGCCAUGAUGCCCUUUUAAGGCAUGCAGUCAGAAGCAGCAUGCAAAGAGGUGUGUGUGUGUGUGUGUGUGUGUUUGUGAUUUAAUGCAUGAUCUUUGGCUUCAUGAAGCUGGUGUAUCCGGAACAGGAUGAUAUGUGAAGAUUCAUCAUGAAGGACUGAUGCGACGCACACCUCACACACACUGCAACGCACACACACCACAGCUCUCUCCACCACCUCGCAUCAGCAUCACAGCACCUUCAUACUCAUCAGGAAGACUUUAUGAAAAAGUGUGUGCUUCCUAAAAAAAACACUAAACCGUCUGCAGCAUUACCGUGGAAAUACUCAUGUCAACUGCCUCUGUUUUUUUUUGUGUUUUUUUUUUCAAGUCUGAUGCAGAUAUGUUUCUGAAUAUUAGAACCACACACACACACACUCAGCCUUUGGGUCGGUGUGAGAAGCUCUGAGGUUCUGUGGCCUGAGGCGUCACAGCAAUGCGUUUGUAAUAAACAAACAAACAAACAAA